UGCUUGAAAUUGUCCAAAGGCAAAAGCUUCACCCAGCGUUUGGAAUUUGCUUUUUUUGUUAUUUGGCUUCUUGUCGCAAUAUUAGUAACAUUGGUGGUCUUAGGGAACUUUAUUUUAAAAGCUUUCCUCUUCUACCCACACAGUCUUAUUUGAGCCCCUUAGUCAGUCAGUAAGCAUGUUUGGAACAGCACCCAGUGCUUUGCAAGGGUUCAUAUUGCAGAACAGUCACGUCUGGGUAUUUGUAGUUACAAAUACUUGACCAGUCUCCAGGGGUGGGGUUUCCAACCCUUUAAACAACCCAGUUGCCUGUUAUCAAGCUAACUUUUUGCUCUUAGUGCCAGAAUUGAUUGUGGUAAGACAUCUUUCACUGAGAAAUAACUAAAAUGGAACAUAAUGGGUCUGCUUCAAAUACUGAUAAGAUCCACCAGAAUCGCCUGUCGGGUGUCACAGAAGAUGAAGACCAAGACGCCGCUCUUACCAUUGUGACUGUGCUGGACAAAGUAGCUGCCAUCGUGGACAGCGUGCAGGCAAGCCAAAAGAGGAUAGAAGAGAGACACAGGGAGAUGGAAAAUGCCAUAAAGUCCGUCCAGAUCGACCUGCUGAAGUUCUCACAGUCACACAGCAACACGGGCUAUGUCAUUAACAAGUUGUUUGAGAAAACCCGAAAAGUCAGUGCUCACAUUAAAGACGUGAAGGCCCGUGUGGAGAAGCAGCAAACUCAUGUUAAAAAAGUUGAAGCCAAGCAAGAGGAGAUAAUGAAGAAAAACAAAUUCCGCGUGGUAAUAUUCCAGGAGGAGGUUCGGUGUCCGACGUCCCUGUCUGUUGUUAAAGACAGGAGCCUGAUGGACAGUCCAGAGGAGGAGGACGAUGUCUUCGACCCCCCAGCUGACCUGUCCUCGGACGAAGAAUAUUCCAUUGAAGAGAGCAGAUCUGACAGGCUUAGAAAGUCAGGCAAGGAGCGCAUUGAUAAUAUCAGAAAGGCCUUUUCCAAAGAAAACAUGCAGAAGACGCGGCAGAAUUUUGACAAGAAGGUGAACAGAAUUAGGACUAGAAUAGUGACCCCUGAGAGGAGAGAGCGGCUCAGGCAGUCAGGGGAGAGGUUAAGGCAGUCAGGGGAGAGGCUGAAGCAGUCAGGGGAAAGGUUUAAGAAAUCUAUUUCAAAUGCAGCGCCCUCCAGGGAAGCGUUUAAGAUGCGUAGCCUUCGGAAAACUAAAGAGCCAGUGGCCGAGGGUCCAGAAGAGGUCAGGGAGGUGGGUGUGGACAUCGCGGCCGGGAGCGAAGCGCUGGGUCCCCUCGGUGAGCUCUACACCCAGACUCUCAGCGAAGCAGACCGCGGGGAGCCCAGCGCUGCUGGGCAUCCUCCCCAAGUAGGCGGGGAGGUCUCCACCCCCGAGCCUUUAAAAGUUACUUUUAAACCCCAGGUGAGAGUAGAGGAUGACGAAUCUCUUUUGCUAGAUUUAAAGCAGUAAUCAUAAGGAGGAAUUAAAUAUAUUAUAAUUGUAAAUCUCCUCGAUCACACAGUUUUAGUUGAAAUAGUAGAGUCCCUUACACUUAAUGUGUCAUAUAGGGAAAUGUAAAUGGCAUGGCUCUUUGAUUACUUAGACUUAAAAUCUUAAAGGUAAUACAAAUAUGAUAUACAUUUCCUUGUGACUGCUUAGGGAAUUCGUUUUUUCCCUCACCCAGGGCUUAUGAUUCUGUUAGCUUUCUCUCAUGUCACUCUCACAGCAGCUGUGGAUUUGUCAGUUCCCUUCUCUUGAAAAUAGUUUCCAAGCAAAGGCCAACUAGGUGUUCGGCUGUCGACAACACAUGAAGGGCAGAUCUAUAGCCAUGAUUUGCAAGUGAACUCUCGAUCCUGGUCCAGAUUAAUGCUGUGGCCAAGCUCAACGGGGAAUAACAGAUGUAUGAAUUUAUAUCAUCCCUAGGUUCAAAUCGACAGAUUUGUUAGUAAGUUAGCAGACAGACACCUUUUUGAUGCUUUUGCAUAAAAAAAUUGAAGUUCUGCUCCUGAGCAUUUGGCUCUGGCAUCACAGCUUUGCUCACAGGGAGCCCCUGGGCAAGUCAUCUGCUCGUGAGCUUGUCAGUAAAGUGGAGAGGGUUUGCCUGCCCUGCCCAUCUCAGAGGACUGCUGUGAGGAUCGAGGAAACGUUCUGGGGGAAUAAGAACCAUUUCCGGAGAAAACAAGGCUCAUUAGCUUCUUAAAACAGACACGAAGUGAUUACAUCUUGUGAAAAAGCCCUGAGCUCCAAGCAGGGAGGGCGUAGGUUGGACAGAAAUAAAGUUGGUCUUCAGAAGCCUUUUCACAGAAUCAGGAAUGAAAAAUAAAUGUUUGACCGGCAUCUUUUUCAUCAAAGACUAAAACCAGACCUUGGGUUUGAGUUGGGUCUUAAAACGUUUCCUGGAAAGUUCUUUCCCGAUUUUCUCCUGAUUCAGAUCUGGGGUGGACUAGAGCAACACUGAUGUGAGCAGAGUGAAGCCUGCAGCUGUGGCUGUGUCUUCAAGUGGCCUUUCUGAAGUCAGCUCUGGUGCAGUGCUUGGGAAUGACCUCGGAUGUUUCUGAUUUCCAGAGUGAACCCCUCGGGGCCCGUCUGUCCAAAGCAGUGUUCAUAGGCAUUCAUCAUAGUUGCUUUGGGAGGAAGCCAGAUUCCACUUGUUUAUUAGCUGUAGAUCUAGCCAAUCCAGAAGCAGAUAUUACUGCUACAGAAAGAGAGAAAUGGUCAUACUGGUUCUGCAUUUGGGUGUGUUUAAAUCUAGUUUGUAAUGCGAAGAAAUGAUGGAAUUGUAGAAUUUGAAGUUUGGACAAUAGCUUUCAGAUCAGUUUUGGAUGUUCAUAUAGUAGUUAAAAAUUGUGAUACAUGUAGACACACAUACACACUCACACAAAUCAGCUUUAAAAUAUUUAACUCAGUUACCCAGAUUUUUGGGUUUGGGAGUUUGAUUCAGCAUCCUUUUCUCUUCACUCUGCAUGAGUAAUUAAAUCAUAAAUUGUUAAUCUCAUUAUCUUUUUAUAUUGAAAACUAAAGUGUAUACAACUUUGAACAGUACUUUGAAAGGAGUAAUUUUUAAAAUACUUUAGUUUAGAAAGAGCUUGGAUGCCUAACCAUGUAUUUCCUUAAAGCCAUAAUAAAUUUGAAUUUUAAAAAGACAUUAUCACCAAGUUUAAUGUUAGUGUCCUAUUUGUAAAUAUUUUUGCUGACAAUGAGUGCAGACAAUAUGGCAUGAAUUUAAUAUAGUAACAUUUCUUGUGUUUCUAGGUUAAGGAAAACAUAAAGAAGUUACGUGCUUUUUCUUUUUUCUCGCCCUAUGCAGAGUAAAUAUCCAUUGAGCUGACAUAUUUUUCUGCAGAUAUCACUGUCCAGGAAUUUUUGUAACGUCUGUUUGCUUACUGACCCAUUAUAUAACCAGACCUGUCAUAUUAUGGAACAUUUCUCACAUAGGUGCUUUUGAGUUUUGAGGUAGAAGGCAUUAUAACCUGGUCAGCUCUUUGUUAUGGUAGACCGUGCAGUCCCAGAAACCACUGAAACGAUUUCAUGUCCCCGGAGGUUCUCUGUAACUGACACUGCUUUCUCGGUGCUGGGAUUUUUGCCCCCUCUUACUGCUGGGUCUCAGUACUUUC